AUGCCACCGAUCGAAGACAGGAGUGACGACAGGCCCACUCUGGCAGAACACAGUGUCGUUGUGGAUGCUACUCCAGCCCAACCCGCGUCUUCGGCUGGGCAUGCUCCAAGAGAGGCAAGGGAGAAGCAAGACAUUGCAGAUAAAGAGGUUUCCCCUCGAGAAAUUCAUGGAUGGAAAUGGGUUUUGGCUACCGUAUCUAUCUUAUCUUCGAUCUUUCUCUACGCUCUCGACGCCACAGUGGUUGCCGACAUUCAACCAGUCAUCGUCAAGGAGUUCAACAGCAUCGCCGACCUUUCUUGGCUUAGCAACGCAUUCCUACUCACUGCCACUGCCACGAAUAUGGUAUGGGGCCGCAUCUACGGCCAGUUCAACUCCAAGUGGUUCUACAUCUUCAAUGUUGCGCUGUUCGAAGUCGGCUCGGCUCUAUGCGGUGCCGCGCCCAACAUGUCCGCAAUGAUCGUCGGGCGUGCGAUUUGUGGCAUUGGCGGCGCUGGUCUCUAUGUCGGCUGCAUGACACUCAUCGCGGCCACUACAAGCAUGCGCGAGCGGCCCCUCUAUGUGUCGGGAACUGGCUUCACAUGGGGGUUGGGUAUCGUCCUAGGCCCAAUCAUCGGGGGAGCCUUUGACCGCUCCUCGGUCGGCUGGCGGUGGGCGUUCUACAUCAACCUCUUCGUCGGAGGGGUCUUUGCGCCGGCCUACGUAUUCCUCCUCCCCAGCAUCGAUCCUCGGCCUGGUGUGCCCUUCAAGAAUCGCGCCAGCGAGAUGGACUACGUCGGCAUCGUGCUGCAGACGGGAGCUUUGACAACCUUCUUUCUGGCCUUGAACUGGGGAGGUAUCACGUAUCCGUGGAGCUCAGGAACCAUCAUAGGCCUCUUUGCCGCCUGUGGUGUCCUCUUCCUCCUUUUGGGUAUCCAACAAGGCUGGGCUAUCUUCGCAACUGUUCAACGUCGCAUAAUUCCGGUUCACUUCUUUCGUUCUCGUACCAUCCUCAUUCUCUUCAGCGUUACGGCGGCCUCGGGUGCAUCGGCGUUCAUCCCGAUCUACUUUGUCCCCAUAUUCUUCCAGUUCACGCGAGGCGACAGUGCCCUCAUGGCUGGAGUGCGACUGUUGCCGCUCAUCAUGGUGAUGGUAUUCUGUGUAUUCGUCAAUGGGGCACUUCUCACCAAGCUUGGCUACUACAUGCCAUGGUACACGCUGGGUGGCUCACUGACUCUGGUGGGGGCAGCGCUCAUGUACACCGUCGACCAGGACACUUCAGAGGCUCGGAUAUACGGAUACCUCGUCAUCAUGGGCGCCGGCACCGGCCUAUGGCUACAGGCAUCCUUUGCGGUCGCCCAAGCCGUCGUUGAACCUCAAGACAUCCCGCUCGCUGUGGGCUUCUGCACUCUGGCUCAGUUCUUGGGUAUCACCAUCGCGCUUGCGAUAGCCAACUCAAUCUACCUCAACUACAGCGAGACCAAGAUUGCCGAGGUCCUGACCAAUGUCCCCAGCUCCGAGAUCAAGGCUCUCAUGGAGGGCGUGUCAGGUAGCUUUCUGGACACGCUCACUGCCAGCCAGAAAGCUCAGGUCCUGGCUGUCAUCGUCAAGGCAAUCUCCAACACCUACCUUCUUGUAGUUGCAGGUGCAUCUCUUGUGGUUGUUCUGAGCUUCUUCAUGAAGAGAGAAAGGCUGUUCGCAAGCACCGGUAUUGGGGCAACUUGA